AUGGCGGGUGGUUUGGCAGCGCUCGCGGAGGUGUCGCUCGCGAAAGAGAAGAUCGUAUUGGACGAGGCUGAUUGGAACGCGAUUCUCGACGCCAUGCGGCCGUACGAGAACCGUGCGCCCAAUGACACGACACUCCGUACGCCGAACCGUGCGCCGAACGGUACGCCGGCGGAGAAGAAACGGAACGGCACGACGAGCGUCGUCCGGAAAGCAGCCAGCGCUGUCAAGAAGACACUCAGCUCGAUCACUGUAACGAAGACGAGGCUUAUAACGAAAAAGAGCACGCUAACGAGGACAACCGAGGCGGAAGGGGGGCCAUCGCCUCCCGCCAAGCGUAGAAAGCUCGAUAGCGCGGGUCACGAUCAGACUGGCAAAGGGGGCGGAGAGGAGGGAGAAGCAGGCAAGGAGAGGGAGAAGCAGGGCGUGUGGUGGUCGUUUAAACUUCCGGAAGUGAGCCUCAAAGACCCUAAUAAAUCGUUAAUGAGUGAGCUAGUAACGCGGAAGAUCGGCGGAGGUUCAGGGGUCAAGGACGGGGGUUUAGCGGCGAAGAACGUGAACGGUAAGGGCAAAGGCGCAGCUAAUGCACCAUCAGUAGCGGUGGCGGCAGCGGCAGCGGCGGCGCCGGCAGCGACGUCACAGAAGCGGAAACUACCGUCAUGGGCGGAGGGGAAGGGGCCGGGGGCAGCGGUGGUGAAGGGCGCGGAUCAAGUAGUGGCGGCCCCCGGCCACGCGCGCGACUUUUCUUUCCGCCGCGACGUGCAAGGUGCGAGCAUUGGGUUUGAUGGUUUGGUGCAAGGGGGAAAGGGGGGAAUGGGGAAAGGGGAGAAUGGAGAAAGGCCGGGGGCAGCGGUGGUGAAGGGCGCGGAUCAGGUGGUUGCGAACCACGGCCACGCGCGCGACUUUUCUUUCCGCCGCGACGUGCAAGCAACGUCACUCUUCCGUUCCAUACCAGUGCUCGCACAAGACAUCUACGCGCGCUUCCCCGGGAAGGUGGUGUACCGCCGCGAGCGCAAUGGGGUGGAGGCAGCAGCGAGGGAGCUCUAUGCAGCUGUUAAGAAUGGGGCCAACGACAGCAGCGGCAAAGUGGCGGUGGGGCUGGACUGCGAGUGGAAGCCCACGUGGGGGAAAGGCCCGGAGAAUCCCUGUGCACUGCUACAGCUCUGUGCCAACGCGGACGUCUGUUAUCUCUUCCAUCUCAAGUUCACCGGAGUUCCCGAGACUCUCCGUGCAUUUCUCAAGGAUGCUAGCGUGGUCAAGACAGGUGUAGGUGUGACAGAGGACGGCCGGAAGCUGAGGAAAGAUUUCGGUGUUGAGGUGAAUGGGCUGGUGGACUGUUCGCCUCUAGCACAGGAGAAGGCAGUGGUGCCGGAUGGAGGGCAAAUGGUGGGGCUCAAGACACUCACCCGCCUUGUGCUGCAGAAAGAGCUCGCCAAACCAAAGAGAGUCCAGUGCAGCAACUGGGAGGGCUUCCCUCUUACUGAUGCCCAGCUUAUUUACGCGUCAACAGACGCGUUUGUGUCGCUGAGAAUCUUCCAGGAACUUGACGCCAUGCCGAGCCCGUGGGAGGGAGGGAAUGGACAUGUGUCGGCAGCAGUGGCAGAAUCUGCGAUGGCUGUAUCGGUGGCAGCUGCUGCAGCAGCAGCAGCAGCAGGAGGAGAAAGAGAAGAGGAUGACAAAAAGGAGAGGCAGGAGAAGACGAAUAAAGAGACAGUAGGAAAGCAGAAGGGGAAGGAGAGGGAGGAAAAGAAGGGGAAGGAGGGGGAGGAAAAGAAGGGGAACGAGGGGAAGAAGAGCGCGAAUGGGAAGGAGGGGCAAGCAGAUGUGGAAGCAAAGACGGGGAAGAAGAGCAAGAGGAAGCAGGAGGCACCCGAGGAGGGCAAGAGCGCAGCAAGAGCAGAUGCUGGUGAAAGCAAAGCAGCAGAGGCAGACGGACCGAGAAAGAAGAGAAGAAAGCAAGGGAGCGCAGGGGAAGGCAAGGGUGAUGGUGGGAGCAGCGGCAGCAAGGUGGGGAGCUUGAAAGAGGCUGCUGCAGACACAGCGAGCAGGUGGAUGGAGCUGAUUAAGAAGGCCACCACACGACAAAAAUAG